AGAUGGCGCGAGAGCCGCUGGAUUUCCUGCUCCUGGCGCCCGCCGCCACGCCCGCCGCCACGCCCGGGGCCAACGCCAGCGCCGCCCACGUGCCCGAAGCCUGGAUCCGCGCCGCGCAGUGCUGGGCGGCGGUCGUGUCGUGCGCGGGCGUGCUGGGCAACCUGCUCACCAUCUUCACCAUCGUCCACCAGCUGUACCUCGGGCACCUGUGGCGGCAGCGACACCGCAGCCUCUACCACAACGGCGCGGGCCGCCUGCGGGGGACUCUGGUGCGGCCGGUGCUGCCCCUGGAGGGCGACACGCUCAUCCUCCUGCACCUGAGCCUCUGCGACUUCCUCUACUGCGUCGUCAACCUGCCCCUCACGGCCAUCACCUACAACUACGCCUUCACCGAGGAGACGCCGAGCCAGUCGUUCUGCACGGGGGCGGCGCUGUUCCGCUACGGCAGCGCAUUCGCCGAGUGGAUGACCCUGGGGCUGCUGGCCACGGAGCGCUGCGUGGACCUGGGUCGGGCGAGGGCGGCGCGCUUCUUCCGGCCGCGCUUCACCGUCGUGUGCCUGGUGGCCAUCUGGGCGGGGAGCAUCACGCUGCAGCUGCUCAUCGUCAACGGGAGGAAUUUCAACUAUGAUGAAGCGACGUUCAAGUGCGACAUCAUGAACGAGACAGCACGGAUGGCCUUCUAUGCUGUGGAGUCGUGGGUGCCAUGCGGCCUCAUGCUGACCGGCUGUUUCAGCAUCAUCUGCCAGCUGUGGAAACACAUGAAGAAGCUGAAAAGCGCAGGCAUGGCCAAGGAAAUCACGGAGAAGCGGUGCAGAGACAUGUUCAAGUCGACAGUCCUCGUUCUCUGCCUGUUGCUCCUCUUCCUCGUGUGUGUGAUUCCCAUUUGCGUGUACAAUAUUAAGGUCAUUAUGGAGGAAGAUCUGGACGGUUACGAUGUCCCCCUCGGCAUCUUCAUCUUCAUGAUUUACUGGAUCCAAUACGGGGUGAAUUAUCUAGUCUAUGCGGCCAUCAACGCGAACUACAGGAGGGCUUAUAGGCAGUUCGUCCUCGCGGUUCGGAAUGCGCUCUUCGGGGCCCGGAGGAGGGAGGUGAACGAAGCCAAGGUGUUCCUCACGUCCUCGCAUCCCCACCUGAUGGCCGGCGUCUCCCACGUGCCCCCGACGCUCUCGCAUCUCCACACCGUCACGGCCAUCCCUCUCCACGCCUACCGCCUCCCCCACGACCGCGUCCUGAGGUCCCACAGCCUCCACCCCGACGUCCACAAGCCCUGUCGCUGGGACCCUCGCGAGCGCCGGGUGAGGACCCUCUCCGCCGGCAGCAUCCAUUCCUGGAACAGCCUCAGCCACUGGAGCGGGUCCUUGUCCUCCAGAUGCUCGGUGGUUACCAUGGAGACGAAUCUUGGCACCUACUGAG